AGUUUGCCCCACUUCUUGAAAUUCAUCCAAAAACAUUCCAAACUUCAGCGGGAUUAAAUACCGCCAUCAGACAGGUCAGCCUGCAGUCGUUACAGCGAAGACUCACUGAGGUGGAAAACACGGAAGGGCAGGAAAUGAAGUCAAACACAAGAGAUAUGAUCUGUUACAAACAACAGCAGCAUCAGCAGCAGCAUCACCAAGAUCCCAGACCCUGUCUCAGUGCUGACUCCAGUGCCAAAGUCUGCAGGAACACCGGUGGGUGGGAACUCAAGAGAACCAGUGCCAGGGACUUAAUGGUACUCUGUGCUGCUGGAGGUGUGACACCGUCCCAACCCUCGACACAUUGAUUCACACAGGAUUAAGCCACUGCAUGGUGCUUGAGGCGGAGGACCUGAUGCAACUGAUUUACCGUGCCUGUCAGACUUAACGUCUUUGGGGGCCCCAUCUGCCUCGCUUGUACAGCUACAUAAGGGCUGGUGAGGGCUGCCUACUGAACAAACAGCAGUGACCAAAGGAAUGACUGGCAAUUGUCUUGAUCAGGAGUAAGAGAGGAAGCAAUGAGCUGGACUAUGACAUUAAAGGAUGACUUUGGGGUCAUUGGCUGGGCACGGCGAACUGGGAACUACCUCAGUUUCUUCGUCCUUUUGUCUCUCUUUUCCGUUCCUGUCCAAUCAGACAUUGUGUUUCAUAUGGAUCACCAGUUCUCAUGGAAAACAGGCCAGUGGGGUCAUUGUAUGGGCGAAGAGUGUGGUUCCGGUGGAGUUCAGACCAGGACGAUAUGGUGUGUCCAUACAGAGGGGUGGACCACCCACCACUCGCACUGUAACCACAUGGACAAACCUCAGAGCCGGCGGCACUGCUUUAAAGUGUGCGACUGGCACCAGGACCUCUUUGAGUGGGAGCUGUCCGCCUGGGAGGGCUGUGUUCUUGUCCCUUUCUUUUCCAAUGAGCUCAAACUGAGGACCACAGAGUGCAUUACAGCACAGCAUGGCAUCCAGAGACGAAGGGUUCAGUGUGUGCGCACUUCAAACCGCACGACAGUCACGUCAAGGAUAUGCGAGUUCUUUUCCCAGAAACCACCUGUGGAGCAGGCGUGUCUCAUCCCUUGUCCUCAAGACUGUGUUGUAUCAGACUUCAACUCCUGGUCAGGCUGCAGUAAGACAUGCGGACUUGGCUUGCAACAUCGGACUCGACAUGUUCUGACCACAUCCAUGUAUGGAGGCGCAAGCUGCCCCAAUCUUACGGAAACCAGGAUUUGUUCUGACCCUGUUGAAUGCCCUGCUGGCGAGGAUGAGUACCAGUAUAGCCUUAAAGUAGGAGCCUGGAGCCAGUGCCGGCUCCCCCAUCACAAGGACGACCUGUUGAGUGGCCGGACUACUGUGGAUUUCAACAGUAACAAGGGGAACAAUACAGUAAUGUUGCACAAGGAGGCGUCCAAUUUCCACCAACAUCACCAUCAUAGCCAUCGCAAGGACCCGAUGUCAUGGGAGCUGGAGGUGGGAUACCAGACACGACAAGUCCGCUGCACACGGAGUGAUGGGAAGAAUGCAAUGCUGAGCCUCUGCACCAAGUACAACUCCCUUGUGACCUUCCAGGCAUGUGUGAUGCCCAAAGACUGUCAGACUUCUGAAUGGUCAUCGUGGAAUCUCUGCUCCAAGACCUGCCAAUCCACUGACCUGUCUCCUGGUUACCGUCUGCGGUCACGAGUCAUGACACAGAUCCCAGUGGGCGGGGGGAAACAAUGUUCUGUCCUUGAAGAAAAAGAAGCUUGCAACAUCAUGGGGGAUUUACUUCCACCUUGUCCUAGGUACGAGUGGAGGACCACUGACUGGGACGAAUGUCUUGUUGCACCUUUGCUGUGCAAGCUGGACCGGCAUCUUGCAAACAUUAGUCGUCUCUGCGGAGGAGGGAUUCAGACCAGGAAGACCUACUGUGUUCAAGUUGCUGACGACUCAGCUCCAAAACACAGGAAGGAGGUGUCCAGGCCCGUGACUGCCAGUCUGUGUGCAGGUCAGGAACCUCCUGUGGCUGUCAAGAACUGCUCCAUCCCCUGCCAACACCGCUGCCUGCUCUCCCACUGGUCGCCCUGGGGCGCCUGCGUACAUGACAACUGCAAAGAUCCACAUGGGAAGAAAGGUUUCAUACAGAGGAGCAGAGAGGUGUUGUGGACAUCCAGCAGUCCACUGGACGUUUGUCCUCAUCUGGCAGAGUCCAUCCCCUGUGAAGAGCCGAUCUGCUACUUGUGGCAGGUUCAGCAAGAGGCUAAGUGUAUUCCUGCCAAAAGCACCUGUGGUCCUGGGACUGUGGUUCAAAGCGUGAAGUGUAUCAGUGCUGAAGGUGAGGAUGUGCCCAUGAGUUACUGUGGAGAAGACCCUCCCCCGACCCAAGCGCCUUGCGAGGUGGCCUGCCGUGCAGACUGCGUUGUUAGCGCCUGGUCCCCCUGGUCACCCUGCACACACAGUUGUGCCUCUAAAACCGCAGAAGGCCGACAGAGCCGAACACGCACUGUGUUGGCGCUUCCAGGAAAAGAUGGGAAAGAGUGUCCCGGACCUCCAGCUUUGGAGGAGUGGAGAGUGUGCAAUGACCAUCCUUGCCUGGUGUUUUACUGGGAGUCUUCAGCAUGGGGGCCGUGCAUUGAGGAAACCGCUUUGGAUUUCACUCGAACAAGCUCCUGGAAUGAGACGUCGACUUGUGCUAUGGGUGUCCAAAUUCGUAAAGUCACCUGUGUGAAAAUGCAUGGUGGACCAGUUGUGAGCAAAAGAUGCCCCGGUUCUACUCGUCCAGAAACGGUUCGGCCCUGCAUUCUUCCCUGCAAGAAGGACUGCAUUGUGACACCCUUUAGCGAAUGGACUGCCUGCCCAUCAACCUGCAUUCCAGAAAACACCACCUCUGCCACACAGUCUCGCUACCGGGCUAUCAUUCAAAAAUCUGCUAACGGAGGUCAAGAGUGCCCCGACACGCUUUAUGAAGAGAGAGAGUGUGAAUCACUCCAAGCGUGUCCAAUGUACAGGUGGAGGAUACACAAGUGGCACACCUGCACUUUGGUUCCUGAUUCCGUACAACGUAGCUCAUCUCGGAUGGCAGAAACCUGCGGGAAAGGUUUAGAAACAAGAGGAGUCAGUUGUGUCGGGGAGAACGAUGAGGCGGCCAACCUGACAGAGUGCCUGCACUGGGCUGGUCCAUUGCCCGUUCAGAUCAGAGAGUGCCGAGUGGCUUGCAGGGAUGAUUGCACUCUGACUCCAUGGUCCAAAUUCUCUGAGUGCGCAGGAUGUGGCAGCUUCCAAAGUCGCAAACGUUCGCUCAUAGGUCGUAGUAAAAAGAAGGACCCAUGCCUGAAUGAGGCAUUAUACCCUCUGGAGGAGAAAGAGGCUUGUCCCUGUGAGGAGUAUCUGUCCCAGCCCUUUGGGAACUGGUCGGAUUGCAUCCUCCAUGAACCUUCCGCUCUGGAGUUCUUGCAGAGUUGGACGAGCUACCAGGAGGUGAAGGAGUGUGGUCAAGGCCUGCGUUACAAAGCUGUGGCCUGCAUUGACCAACAGGGGCGGCUUGUGGAUCCCACGAUGUGUACAGAGACAGGCUACAUGGUGGAGAUGUGCCACAUCCCUUGUCCCCUGGACUGUAAACUGAGUGACUGGUCUGCAUGGUCCACCUGCAGUACAUCCUGUGGCAGUGGGCUAAAGGUCAGAUCCAAGUGGCUGAGAGAAAAGGCGUUUAAUGGGGGGCGGCCAUGCCCAAAACUUGACCUGAAGAACCAGGUAAAUGAAGCGGUGCCAUGCCACAGUGAAUGCAGCCAAUACAAAUGGAAAAUUGAGCCCUGGUCCAUUUGCACCAUCAACACAUUGGGCAACUCGCAAUCCUGUGGAGAGGGAGUCCAGAGUCGCAAGAUCAGGUGUGUGAAGACAGGAAUGAGUGGGGAGGUCAGCACGGUGGACGACAGUCUAUGUGAUCAAGACGAAACGCCACCCAGAGCUCAGGUCUGCUUUUUGGCCUGCCACAACGACUGCGUUGUAUCACCCUGGGGACCUUGGAGGAACUGCCCUUUGCAAUGCGACCGAGGCUCGGAGAGAAACCGGAGCAGACAUAUACUUCGCCUCCCUGCUGUGGAAAGCAUAACCUGUCCGGAAACGGUCCAGAUAGAAAGCUGCAUCCUUAACAGCACCUGCUUCACUUACCAGUACAAAGUCUCAGACUGGAGUACAUGUCGGCUGAGUGAAAAUGCCAUUUGCGGUCAGGGUUCCAGGCAACGACUUCUUGACUGUGUCCGCAGUGAUGGCAAGGUUGUGCCGUUGCAAAUGUGUGAGCAGUUUGGCGUGCAGAAAGCGUGGAAGUUGGUGGAGAGCUGCGUGAUGGAUUGUCCGGUCAGCUGUGUGCUCUCUGAUUGGUCGCCAUGGGGACAGUGCUCGCACACCUGCGGGAACCAAGGGCAGUCUGUACGUAGUCGGAGAAUCUUGCAGGAGGCACACGAGGAAGGACGGCCUUGUCCCAACCAGCUCAUCCAGACAAAAUCGUGUCCCAUCAGGCCUUGCUACAUGUGGCUGCUCAGCGAAUGGUCCCCUUGCAUCAUCGAGGAUGCAGAGUGUGGCGAGGGCGUUCGGAGAAGAAACCUAUCGUGUGUCACUCACAAGGGUGACCGCAUCGAUUCCCCUCCUGUGCUGGUGGCAGAGGAAUUUUGUGGCGACAAACUAAGGAAGGAGAUCCAGCAGGAGACGGAGCAGCCCUGCUUUGUUCCUUGUCAAGGAGACUGCCAUUUGACUGAGUGGUCAUCUUGGAGUUCAUGUCAAUUGACCUGUGUGGAGGGCCGGAGCUUUGAAACCACAGGACGUCAAUCCCGAUCCAGAGCUGUGAUAGUUCAAGUCAUGGAGAACCAGGACACCUGCCCACGACAAGUCUUUGAAACGCAACCUUGUAAAAGAGGCCAAUGCCACAGUUACCAGUGGAGAACAGGAGGAUGGAGCAAUAAUGAGAGAGCGGUGUGGUGUCAGCGCUCAGAUGGCGUCAUCGUCACAGGGGGGUGUUUCCCGCAGAAAAGACCGAGCAUGAUCCGCCACUGCCAUCCACGGUGCACCAAACCCUUCUCACACUGCACGUCGAGUGGAGUGUGUGGGUGUGAGAAGGGUUACACUGAAGUAAUGACCACACACGGCUUCUUGGACUACUGCACUCGAACUCCAGGAGUUGACACCAACAAGAAAGCUGAUGUGAAAACCAACUCUGGAAGAUCAAAACCAUCCCGAGCCCGGGACCGGCACACAGAGUGGACCUUACGACCUGUUGGCCCAGAUGGAAGAGUAAAGCUGUGGGUUUACGCUGUGACUACCGUCGGAUUCAUCUUAAUACUCUUCGUUAUUGCAUUCUCCUUCCUGGUGUGUAAACCAGCCCAACCCUCAAAGACAUCUCCUCCGCCACAGAAGCCUUUGACCCUGGCAUACGACGGUGACAUCGAUAUGUAAGCAUGUUGGUUUUCCUCCAUCGGGAUGCUCCCUGCCUUCUCAGGCUGACACUUUAACGCAUUGGCUAUGGAAGGACGCCAGGAAGAUGUUUGUUUUUAAAGAACCCAUUUGCAACAAAAGCAGAAAUGCGGAAAAGAAGUAAGCAGUUUUUGGUUUUUUUGUGCGUGUUGAAAAUGAACAGGACCAAACGGCUUGUUGUUGCCUCAUUUUAGUGUUGGAAGACAUUCAUGACAUACAAAGGCUGGACAUUGAACACUUCUUUCCCAUUAUCGUCGGAUAUUUGUAAAAGAAAUGUCGCAACUUUUUUGUGUCAACAGCCUUCGUUGCUGAGAAUAAACAAAAAGCUCUAUGCACUAUGUUAGUGCUGAUUAAACAAUUCCUUUUCCUUUGAAAUGACUUUUAUAGUGUUUGAAAUGUUAUGCAAGUUGUCCGAUUCUAUUUUGUUGAUGAUGCCAUAUGUUGUAUCCACGUGGAAACCAAAUGCAGGCUUGCCUUUCUUUAGUAAACACAAUGAUGCAGUCGUCCACAUUCAUAUAUCACAUCAAAAUAUGCUAAGUUGAAUGACAAAAUAACAUACAAUAAACAACAUGCCAUUGGCGGGCGGUGCAUUUCCUACCUGGGCCUUCAGUGGAGACCCAAUCCACCUAUUUAAUACCACCACGGUGGCAUCACACUUAUAUACGAACCAUUAAUAAUGUACAAAAACACAUUCUAACAACACGUGGCAUUACAGAAUUGGGGAUGAAUACAAUUACUUGGUUUUGUAACAGUUAAUUGGCUCCCAUGAUAAGUGAAUUUCUGCAAGGUAGGAUUCCUUUUUCAUAAAUCAUGUAUAAACAAACAUUAUUAGAGCCCUUGGGACAUUUAAUAACACCCCUAUAGUCACCUUUACACCCAUAUUACUCAACAUAGGAGAAAUAAAAGAAAGUAAAACAUAAAUAAGACAUAAUGUUAGCAUCGGGAGCGGUCUUUUUUUGUUCUUUUACUUCCUGUUCCGGAUAGCACGUCCUCCAGUGGUGUCUUACUGACACCUUGUGAACAGUGAUCAUCUCACCAUCUUUGAAUGGAUUUUCUGAAUGCCUUAUAUUUGUAUUUUAGGUUAAAAUAAGUCGUAUUUGACCACAAAACAUUAAUGAAUCUGCAAAAUUGUGGAAUUCAAAGAGGCGAGGGAUUACUGUAUUAGUAAAGGAUGAAACCCAAUUCAUUGUCUCGCAAUAACUGACAACAUCAUCUGGAGUACUUCAGAGGCAAUAUUUAUCUCAUCUGUGAGACUUCCAAUGGCAAACAAAACCUUUGCCAAGCUGACUUACAUAUAAACUCACAUGUUCAUAUAACGCACUUAGCGUGUGCUGUCCAUGUGAGGAGGUGUACAAGAUGUUUGAGUGACUUAGGCCAGCACUCAUAACACUGAAGGCCCUGGGCAGAUUAGCUUGACAUUGCAACACAUACAGUAUCUGAUUGGACCAAAAAAAAUGUACCAAAUACUAUAAUUAAAGUUGUAAAUGUCGGACAGUGCUUCCGAGUGUUUAGGCUAGCAGGGACCGCCCACCACUACAAUACAUACUUUGAAUGCAACACCAGAACUGUAAAGAUACAGCUAGGCCCAUGAGUAUUUGGACAGUUUUUGCCGUGAUACUCAAAGUUGACUCAUUGGAUCAGUCUUUGAUAUGUUGUAGAACCUGUUUUUUGUGGCUGUAUAUAUGCAAAAAUGCAGAAAAUGGUCGUAUCCCGCAAUGUUAAAGAAUCCUUUAAACAUUUCCCUGGAUCCAGACGGUGAAAAUAAUCACUUCUUCCAUAUCUGACAAUUCCUGAAAACUCAGUCCAAAUCCAUUCAGAACUUUUGAAGUUAUUUCAAAAACAUAACAUCCACGUUGCACUUGGCUUCUCACUGACCUUGAUGGAGGUAAAAUACUUUCUAUAACCUAAGACACAAAUUCCAAAGGGACAACAUUCCAAAGUUACGUUUUGGAAUGUAACCAGUAUUUUCGGGCACAAUUUGCACUUGAAUUUUAACUGUCCUUGUGCAUGAAGUCUCCAAAUUUACAAGACUUCAUCUGCAUUGACCUUGAACAUAUAUUCUUGAACAUAUAUAUUUUAAUACCUGUCAAAAACAGGACAUUUUCGUCACUUUCCAAAAAAAAAAAAAAAACAGGACAUGAACAGGUCAUGUAGUCCCGCUAUUAUGCCGUUUGUUAUUUCUGUUUGUUCACACCAGUACUGUAAAGAUACAGUUUCUGCGGUGAUACACCAUUAAAUACAUUAAUUAAAUAAAGCAAUUAAAAUGUCAUUGAAGUGUAGACCUUCAGGUUAACUUACGAGGUUGCACAAAAUUAUGAUAUUUAAUAUUAUGUUUAGUGUCCUUAUCUAUCAGCACUGUGACACGUCCUACCCGUUUAGCCGCAUUUGGCUGCAUGUGAUCAUUGAAUGUCGUCCUUUCCGCCUCACACUUCAUCCUGUCAUAUGUCAUAACAUGGCCUUCACCUUGUUCGACAAAUGAUGGAGUGUGAAUCAUGUGAUGUCCAUUCUUUCCUCUUACUUUUCUCUUCACAUCAACCCUCCCGUUAUCUACUGUACUUUGUCCUCACUGGUUCUGCUUGGAAACACUGGUGCAACAUGGGUGGAACACACAUCUUGUCGCCCCGGCCUGGGCAAACUACCAUCCAUGGGCCUUAGUCAGGUCAUUAAUCCAACCGCCGAUGUUUCCAAAUAAUUUUUUUAAGCCUCUAACAGCAAUGGGAUUUGCAGUUUUCAUAUUACCGGAACUCCUGAACUAUCAAAAUUAUUCCAAUGGUUUGUGAAGCGAGAGACUGCGCUUUCUAGUGAUUUUACGGUCAUUACAGUAAUCAUAGAGACCUCAUGCUUUCAGUGACAAAGUGCUAUUUUAUUUGACAUUUUAUUUGGGCCUUUUUCACAACUGUGGGAAGAAUGGAAUGCAAGGUGGAUUGGCGCAGCGUCUGUAAUAAUGCGGACUACGAAUCAGUUCAUGCAGUUUACUGGUCAAUGUAUGUUCCUAUCCUUAGCUAUGGUAAUGAGCUUUGGGUCGUGGCCCAAAUGAAUUUCCUCCAUAGGGUGGCUGGGCUCUCCCUUAGAGAAGCACAUUCAAUUCGAAGUCCAGCCACUGCUUCUCCACAAUGAGAGAAAACAGAUGAGGUGGCUCGUGUACCUGGUCAGGAUGCCUCCAGGACACCUCCCUGGGGAGGUGUUUAGGACAAAUCCAACCGGUAGGAGGCCUCGGGGAAGACAGGACAUGUUGGAGAGACUAUGUCUCUUAAAUGGCUUGGGAACACCUUAGGAUCCGCCUGCAGGAAUUACAUGGAGUAGCCAGGGAGAGGGACGUUUGGGCUCCGCUGCUUAGGCUUCGGAUAAUCAGAAAAAGAUGGAUGGACUUGGGUGUUUUUUACACUUCACUGUCAUGAUUGUUGGAAAUUCUGGUGGAAGACCUCAUUUUCCCUUUUUUUAUAUAUAAUGUUCUUAUUUUCCUUAAGUUGUCCUUGGUUUCAUCAAGUCUAAAGCUCUCAUUCUGUUCUGGAAUGUUCCAAUGAAUAACAUCUUGACUGAUUGAUUUCAAACCCAUUAUGGUCGAUGUAUCAAGGCAAAAACACUGUCCAAAUACUUCUGCACCAAGCUGUACAUAUGUCUUCUGUACAUGCGACUGCAUCAUGCACACAUACACACACACACACACACACACACACACGAGCACAGAGAGCUGACCCAAGGCAAUGUCAUUAAUUUUUCUUACUGGUCAACAUGAACAAUAAAAACCAAAUAAAAGCACAUAUUUAGUGAUUUAUCUUCUGCACAAGUCCUUUUUAUUCUGAUUUCCACGCUUUGCUUAUGCAAAAAAAUUUCAAUUCCGCAUCAUCAUCUCAGUGUACCCUGGAAUAAAAGAAUCAACUCGUACAUUUCAACAUG